AGGAGCGGCGAGGGGGCGGAGGCUGAGCGGCGAGAGAGCGGCGCCUGGCCCGAGGCGGCGACGCGGGAGCAGGCUGAGGCAGCGGCCGGGACGAGCGCCCUGAGGUGGCGGCCGCGGCCCCAUGGGCGGGUGCGUGGGCGCCCAGCACGACUCCUCGGGCAGCCUCAACGAGAACUCGGACGGCACGGGAGUUGCUCUAGGUCGAAACCAGCCUUUGAAAAAGGAAAAACCAAAAUGGAAAAGCGACUAUCCCAUGACAGACGGCCAACUGCGCAGCAAGAGGGAUGAAUUCUGGGACACUGCGCCAGCUUUUGAAGGCCGGAAAGAAAUCUGGGAUGCCUUGAAGGCUGCUGCACAUGCCUUUGAAAGCAAUGAUCACGAACUGGCCCAGGCCAUCAUCGACGGUGCAAACAUAACACUACCACACGGUGCGCUGACAGAGUGCUACGAUGAGCUGGGGAACCGGUACCAGCUGCCAGUCUAUUGCCUGGCCCCACCCAUCAACAUGAUAGAGGAAAAGAGUGACAUAGAGACUCUGGAUAUCCCCGAGCCACCUCCCAACUCUGGACACGAAUCUCAGCUCCGUCUGCGGCUCUCCACGGGCAAAGACCUCAAGCUUGUGGUCCGCAGCACAGACACAGUGUUCCACAUGAAGAGGCGCUUACACGCCACAGAGGGUGUGGAGCCAGGCAGCCAGCGGUGGUUCUUCUCCGGCAGGCCUCUCACUGAUAAGAUGAAGCUGGAGGAGCUGAAGAUCCCCAAGGACUAUGUGGUGCAGGUUAUAGUGAGCCAGCCUGUGCAAAACCCAACACCAGUGGAGAACUGAGCUGGGCUUGCCUUCUUCCAAGAUCCCUUGGCUCCGUUUUAUUGUUACUAUUUCCUACUCUAAGGUGUGAAAUUUAUUUUCACUGCUCUGAAUUCCCUAUGAAUGGAUUUAGUUCUGAGGAAUUACCAGUGAAAACUUCCAUCUGUGAUGGAGACCAACAAAAAUAAUAAAACACACAGAGCCAGCCUCUGGUACUCUUAUAAUUACAAUUUCUAAUUUGAAAGACAGUUAAGAAAUAGAUAACCAUUUAUUUUAAAAACAUGUAUCAACUCUGUAAUGGCUGUAUUUAAAUGAUUUCGAAUGUAAACAGACACCAGACCCAUCAAAAACAGCACCAAGCACCUUUUGGACACAGAAUUUUUUACGACAUAUGUCAAAUUAUUUUUUCCAGAACCAUCAGUAACAGUUAUAAAACUUAAGUUUUUUUUUAAGUGGAACCUAAAAGCAUAGGGUUUUGCUUCUCUUCUGGGUACGUAUUCCUACUCCACCAGGAAGCAGUUGUCAGUAUGGCUUCCCCGCCUGCCUGCCCACCAGGGUCGGCUCCUUAUUCACAGCCACUCAAUCCUGUGGCCAUCACACUGGCAGCAGGCACCCUCUGGAGCACUGGGCAGUCAUUUAGUAGGUAGUUGGAGCUCUCGCUCUCAGUUGAGAGCUCUCUAGUCUUGAUGCAUAGGAAUUUUAAAAUGUCUGUGGUACCCAGGCUUGACAGCUAGCUACUACGUAAUGCCUUUGCUGAUCUGCCACUCUUCGUGGCCAUUUUUGUAGCUGCCUGGCCCUGCCUAUAUAUUUCUGGGCCAGACAAGACAGAAAUGGAGUAUAGCUACUUCCAGUCCAGAAUAAAAAGCAGUCCUCUCCUUCCUGCCUGCAGGGAAUGUGAGUAAAACCCUCUCUGCCUGUUCCUGGGAAAACUGUGCCUAUUCUCAGCCUUGGAGAAAACUCCAGUUCAAAUGUUUCAAGUGUGGCAGUUAACCUGUGUCAUUUAGUCAGUGUUGGUGGGAACAUAUGUUAACACCUGGCCCUAGACUGGAGUGUUUUCAUUUCACUCUGAUUCCAGUCACUGUGGUGGUACAUCACACCUUCCCAACAAAGGUAAAUUAACCGCCAUCUGCACACCAGGCUGAGGGAGCAGAGGGAAUCAGGCUGACCUUCUCUGGAGCCUCUGAAAGCUUGUUCUUGCCAGGCAUGGUGGUGCCUGCCUUUAAUCCUGGGCCUUGGGAGGCAGAAAGAGGCAGCUCUUAGAACGUGAAACCAGCCUGGAGUACAUAGCUAGUUCUAGACCAGCCAGAACUACAUAGUAAGGCAAUGUCUCAAAAAAAAAGUUGGUUCCCUGAGAAGGGGGCUACCGUGUGAGCACACUGUCUCUGAGAGUUUGUAAGAUGUAAGCAGGAAAUGAAGGCAGGUUCUGUGCUCUUCUCAGUCAGGAAAUACCAAACCUCCAGUGUGUAUUCAGAUGUCAAACGCCACGAAUAAGUUCUAAGUAGUUUAAAAUGUAAUUUUUGAGUGGUAUUAAAUUUCCUAUAGCCUGUUUAAAUCUAUAAUUUAACUUACCUUUCUGAGAACUCUAACCAUUUCCAUUUCCCUAAUUCUGUUCAUCAUUUAAAGUUGUGGCUGUACCUAAUUUAGAUCUGAUGGGACCUGGGUCUAAAUUCAGAAGUGCACAGCUUUAGCAGCCAAGGAGGGCACUCACUUUCCACGUGGAGGCUCUAAGGUCCUCCAGGGCAUCGCCCACCAUCAGCAGGUCGGUUCAUUUGUCACACUGAAUAACAGUAUCUCAGAUUCCAUCAAUUGGUAAAGUGUUUAAAAAACCUAUUAUUUUUCUAAAGGAAAUUUGAUGGUGUCAUGAAUAACCUGAUUGUUUUAAAAGGUCUUGUUUGUUUCCUGAAAGUUUGUCCUAAAAGGUUUUUGUUUUUUGGGUUUUUUUUUUUUAAUUUUAAAGGAACAUAUACUUUGAAUAACGAUCCUCCAGGCGUGGUGAGAAAAACCUAGGUGCUGGAAAUUGUCAAUAGGUUAAUAACCUAGGUGAGAAAAAACAUGGUGCUGGUAAUCGUCAAUAGGUCGAUGUAAGACUGGAUCAAUACUUGAUGUGUAUCAUUAUAGUAUGUAGGGGUUUUGUGCUUUUUUAAAAAAAAAAAUUCAACUUUUCUCUU